AUGCUGCGACACCAAGAGUCUUUGCAGCGAUUGCUGCCCUGGACGGAUUGGCUGCAAAGUGCGCAGCCCUCCGUGGAGCGAUGGCAGAGGUCUCGCGCAGAGGAGCGGCUGGCAGCCCUCGAAAGCUUGAAGGCUGCGGAGCUGGUGCAGGAGUUGGAGUCGGCAAUGCGGCGGCAAGACGUGCGAAUGGAGGGCCAGCGCAAAAGCGUGCAAGACCUCGAGUCCUCUCUGACCAUCCUGCGGGAGGACUUGCAGGGGGCACGCCGCCGAUGCGAGGAGAAGCAAGGCGUUUUGCAGAAAUGCGCCCAGCAGUGCCAGGAGCUACACACCUUUUGCAGCCAGGACUUGGAGGCCAUGAAGAGUCGGUUGAGCCACUGCGAAGAGACCCGCUUCCACCAGCAGAAGCAGCUCAAGGACUUCGAGGAGAUUUGCUCCCGCUGCCGCUGGCACUGUGAGCAGAUGGCGCGAUGCCAGGCGCCGCAGGCGCCGCAGGGCCAUCCAGAGCAGCGCUACCUCAAGGACUGCGAAGACAUCUACGCGAAGUGGCGCGAAGAUGCUGUCGCCUGGCAACAACAGCAGCUGCAGCGGCUGAAGUGA